UUGUGAAUUAGUGAAGUAACAGCAUACUGUCAGUGGGUUAACAGCUUCAGCAUGGCGGAGAUUGAAGCCUGGUACAUUGACAGCUCAGAUGAGGACCAGAGGAAGCCUCACAGACUGAACCCGAACCAGCCUGUUUCUCUGGAGGACUUAAAGAAGAUUGGUGUUUUGCACUGGAAAUUGAAUGCUGACAUCUAUGAAACAGACCCAGAGCUGCAGAAGAUCAGAGAGGAGCAGGGCUACUCCUACACGGACAUCAUCACUAUCCGAAAAGACACACUGCCCAACUAUGAAGAAAAGCUUAAGAUGUUCUACGAGGAACACCUGCACUUGGACGAUGAGAUCCGGUACAUCCUGGACGGCCGGGCCUACUUCGACGUCAGGGACAAGGAGGAAAGAUGGAUCAGAAUCGCUAUGACUAAAGGAGACCUGAUCACCCUGCCGGCCGGCAUCUACCACCGCUUCACCAUGGACGAAACCAACUACACUAAAGCCAUGAGGCUGUUUGUUGGGGAGCCGGUGUGGAAGGCGUACAACCGGCCAGCUGAUGAGUUUGACAUCCGGAAGAAGUACACGGCCUCUCUGCAGGGGUCCUGAGAGAACUGCUGCAGCAGGAUUACACCAAUCAUAAAGUCCGUUCACAUAUGCACAACUUUUGAUGCGAUUGUGACGAGCCAAUAAAAAUAGGUUUUAGUUUGUAAUGUUAAAGAUCUGUAGCUAAGAUGCUUUUUUAGUGGUAAAUGAAAUUAUGAUUCCUACUGAAAAUAGGUACAUUUACAGAUGUGUUGUACUAUAACAUGCACAAUGUAAGGUAUGAAUUUUUCCAUUUUGACACUACACUUCUCCGUUACACUUCAGAGUGAAAAACUGUACUUUGUCAUUUCCCUACAUUUGACAACUGUUAGAUUUGGAUUCUACAUAGAAAAAAUGUUA